GCAAACAGCCCAAAGAACACACGCGUCUUCCCCAGAAAGCAGCUGUCACACAUAUGGAGGGCGCCACAGGCUGCGGCGUCCAUGUCGUUUCCCGGCGCAUGGUGCGUCCGUUCACGCCGCCGCCGCCGCCGGCGGUGAACGGGAACGGCUGCAAUCGACCCAAGGAGGAGACCGAGGUGAUUCACCUGGCGCCGUGGGACCUUCGCCUGCUCAGCAUCGACUACAUCCAGAAGGGCAUCCUUCUGCCCAAGCCUCCAUCCGAGGGCGACGACAACGACCUCCACCUCGUCAACGCCCUGCGGUCCUCGUUCGCGCGCGCCCUACGGAUCUUCUACCCGUUCGCCGGCCGGCUCACCUCCGAGGAGCGAGCCGACGACGGGACCGUGUCCGUGUUCCUGCGGUGCACCGGCGAAGGCGCCGAGUUCGUGCACGCGGUGGCGCCAGAGGUCGCCGCCGCCGACAUCGUCUCCUCGCUGUACACGCCGCCCGUGGUCUGGAAGUUCUACCCGCUGGCGCUGGUUCUUGGCGCUGACGCCGCCAUCGAGCGGCUUCCGGUGCUCGCCGCUCAGGUCACCGUGCUCGCCGACAGCGUCUUCAUCGGCAUGACGCUAAACCACUCCGUCGGCGAUGGCACCGCAUUUUGGCACUUCUUCAACACCUGGUCGGAGAUCAACCGCGCCACCGGCGGCGGCGCCGACCUGUCCACGCCGCCGCCGGUGUUCGGGAGAUGGUUCCCCGAGGCAUGUCCGGUGCCGAUCCCCUUGCCAUUCCGCAGGCUGGAGGACAUCGUGCGCCGGUUCGAGCGCACGGAGGUGAAGGAGUGCUUCUUCACCUUCUCCGCGGCGAGCGUCAGGAAGCUCAAGGCGCGGGCGAACGACGAGAUGGCCGGCAGCGCCACGGCCACCAUCUCGUCGCUCCAGUCGGUCCUCGCGCACCUGUGGCGCGCCGUGUGCCGGGCCCGGCGCCUCCCCCCAGAGCACGGCACGUUCUACUCGGUGGUGGUCGGGUGCCGCGGGCGCGUGGACGGCGUGCCGCCGGGCUACGUCGGCAACGCCAUGGUGUUCGGCAGGGCGGAGGCCACUGCCGGCGAGAUCGAGGAGAAGGGGCUGGGCUGGACGGCGUGGCUGCUGAACCGCGCCGUGGCGUCGUUCGACGAAGCGGCCGUGAGGGAGUCGCUGGAGCGGUGGGUCGGGGAGCCGGACUUCACGUACAUGGACAACCUGUCCUCCGCCGGCACGGCGCUAGUAACCGGGAGCUCGCCGAGGUUCGACGUGUUCGGGAACGACUUCGGGUGGGGGAAGCCGCUGGCCGUCCGGAGCGGCUCCGGGAACAAGGCCGACGGCAAGGCCACGGUGUUCGAGGGGCCGGAGCGGGGAGGGAGCAUAUCGCUAGAGGUGUGCAUCGCGCCGGACGCGCUCCAGAGGCUCGUCGCCGACCACGAGUUCAUGGACGCGGUGAGCACGUAUGUACGCCGGCAUGAUGAGCUUGAUGCAUGAUCGACGUGCAUUAAUUAAUCACUUGUAGUUGACAACAAGCUGUCGUACAUGUUCAUACGUGUAGAGG